AUGUUGUUCUAUCGUCCACGCCACCAGAUUGGCUGGAUAUGGCCCAAGGACCCUCAACCGGGAAACCCUCUUAAAUGGCCGAUGGGAAGAAGGUUGAAGGACGUCUUGACCAACAAAGGCCCGGAUAUGUUUAUCGGACGUAUCGAUAGAGCAAGCCCGACCCCGCAUACACCCCGAUGGUCGAGAUGGCACGAUAUAUACAGCUACCCAGGCGAUGGUGACAAGAACAUGUUACCACCCAUCCUGCCAUUUUCUGACCGAAAGCUGCAGAGAUAUGACUUUCGAACGAGAAAAUAUCGUAGUGUGGAUGAGAAGGCUUGGAGCUUCGUGGAAUAUCCAGAUCCUGGUGAAACAAACAGUGUGAAUACACCAGUUACCGUCUGGGAUGUGAAUGGGAUCAGAUAUGCAUACCCCCAUUGGAAGCUUCAUUAUGGAGAGGGGUUUCGAAAUGCACACUAG